GUAGUGGUAAACCGUACAUAAAUGUUUAUGGAAACCUGGAGCGACAUGAUUCACGUCAUAGUUCGUAUGAUCAUUUCUCUGAUUCUGAGCAACAGUUACCGGAACCCGAGGUUCCUACUGGAAGAUCACAUCCAGUGGACAUGGAUAAUGACGAAA